ACACUAUUAUUAGUCGUCUCUCAACCUCAAAUUUGUUAAAUUAAAGAUUACCAAUUACAAUAACUUGAGAUGUUAGCUCUAGGCAACUCAAGACUAUUUGCUUAGUCUCUUCGCCCUAAAUUAAACAAUAAAAUCUAAUUUAUAUAUUUAAUUAUUAAUUGCAAAGAUAAUUAAUUAUGUAUUCGAUAAUACCGAUUGGGAUACCGAGGUACCGAUUGGGAUACCGAAAUUAUUUAGGGAUUGGGAUUCGGAUACCGAAAUUAUUUAGGGAUUGGGAUUGGUAUUGAUUUUAGUGUUUAAUUCGGUAUUCGGAUUUCGGUAUUUGGUAUUGGGAUACCGAUACCAUACCGAUUUCCACCCCUAGUUGCCACUGCAGCUGAGCUCGCAUGGCACGGCAACCUUCUCUCCGAGCUUGACCUGCCUCUUCGUACUGCUCCAAAACUUCACUGCAACAAUCUUGGUGCGACAUAUCUGAGCUGUAAUCCUGUAUUCGAUUCCCGCAUGAAAUACGUUGCUAUCGACUACCACAUCGUUCGCGACCGUGUAGAGCAGGGCGACCUAGUUGUUCGUCAUGUUCCUUCUUCCCAUCAGCUUGUCGAUCUCCUCACCAAAUCUCUUUCCAAGGCGCGCUUCCUCACGUUGUUCUCCAAGAUUGGUGUCUCCUCCGGUGCCUCCAUCUUGCAGGGCCAAAGCAGUCAAAUCGGGAUUCUACCUAAAAUCGAAAACUGGGGUAAAAUCAGAAUUAUAAAAUCGUAGGAUUUUAAGUACCAUAUAGAACAUAACCUAUAAUAAUAUUAAUAAGAUAAAUCAUUAAUUACAUAAAAACACAUAAUAUUUAAAAUGAUAAUUCUAAAAAAAAUUACAAAAGAUAAUUCUCAAGAUUAAUGUUCCAAAACCACUAUUUUAAUUUUUAUUUAAUGCGUAACUCAAAAUAAUUCAUGAGGAAGGAAUAAAGUUCAAUGGGUUUGUCUCUUGUUUUCAUGUUGUGUCCAGAUAGUUUAACUCAAAGUAAUAUUCCGACUUCGUCUAAGUAUGAUUUGAAACUAAAAAUAUUUGAACUCCAAUAAAAUAAAUAAUGCUAGUGGCUUGUUAAAAAUAUAUUCAUUAAUAAAUUAAUUAAUUAAUAAUGAUGUUAAUUCUUACGUACUUCCUAUGGAGUCAAAAGGGAGUUUUUACAUAGAAGCGUUUUGGUAAUUUAGAAGCGUAAAAUCGUAAGAUUUUAAGUUUUAAAGCGGGGUUUUAACUACUUUAUUUAUAAAAGCUGUGAUUCGCGUAGAAACAUUUUCAUGACAUAGAAAUGUAAAAACGUAAGUUUUUAACUUUUAAGCGAGAUUUUGACUACAUUGCGUACUUCCAAUAUUAGGAUAAUUGUGUUACCCAUAAGUUAAAUGGGGCGAAGGAAAAGGGAUUGACCGAGCCUUCAUUUUGUUAUUUUUAUUACUUUUAAAUAUUUUUUAAUAGAAAAAAUAUAUGAGAAGAUUCCCGUCAUUGCCCUUUCCGCCGAAACAAUUAUGCUUCUUUUAGAUGUUCUCAAACCACCUAUUUUUUCUCAUACGAUCAAAAUCCUGAUUUUGGUAUGAUUUUAAUCCCGAUUUUAAACGAUUUUAAGGUCCACUGAUUUUAUAGUAAAAUCAGGAUCAAAAUUCCUAAGUAAAAUCCUACGAUUUUAUGAUCAAAAUCCCGAUUUUGACUCCAUUGGCUGUGGCGUAUUGGAGAUCAACAAACUCUGCCUACCACUCUCCCUCAGUCCUCUGGUCUUCCGUAGCUUGUUAGUCGCUCCAAUCACUACUCCACCUCAUCCUUGCUUUUCUCAUUCUUUGUUUGUUCUAUUAAAAGUUUCCCGCUGUGAUUAAUAUUAAUAUAUUAAAGCCAAAGUUGUAGGUUACUAUUCAUUAGUGGCUCUGACACUCCUCCAAGUGCAAGUUGGGAAGUUCCAAGUCCUUCUUUUACCCCAUUCUACAUUCUACAACCUUUGUGUUUAGUUAUUGUUCGCUAGGUUUUCGUCUAUGGCUUUUUACACAAAUCAUCGCCUUUGUGUUUUGUCAUUGUUCGCUAGGUUUUCGUCUAUUGCUAUUUGCACAAAUCAUCGCCUUUUUGUUUUGUUAUUGUUAGCUAGGUUUUCGUCUAUGGCUUUUUGCACCAAUCAUCGCAUUUGUGUUAUCAUCGCCUUAGCGUUUAGUUAUUGUUCGUCAAGUUUUCGUCUAUUGCUUUUUGCACAAAUCAUCGCCUUUGCCCACCAUUUUGAAGCCCAUCUCGAAAUACUGUCGGCGAGAUCCUAAUUUGUUCCCUACCACCGUUUUCCAAGGCCGCCACAACGAGUUUUUUAUUGGGACCGAGUUUCAUCCUUUUUAGUGUUUUUUUCUUUCUUUUCAUCAUUUUUGUUGAGUAACCCAAACACAUGGGUAUUCCUACCUUGAACAUAAAUCAUCGCCUUUGCA